CGCCGUUCACUCGAUCCACGGGAUUGUCGCCAGUGACCUUACUCUUGACAUUGGCCUAGGAAAGAGUUGGCUUCUUGUUUAUUUCUCUAAAGCAUCCGGCUUAAGCUGCUCGAACUUGAGAUCCUCAACUCGGUCAAAGCCUGCGGGGCCGUCGGAUCGUGCACCUGAAGCGGGCUGCCUGUUUGAGCAGAACGGCGGGAAAGACUCUUGGGCAAGCAUCAUCGCUUGUCGAUUCGGAUACCUGGAACAGUAUUGGAACUUAUCUUCGGCUGGAAAGCAGCGCAGUGUUGUUCAGGAAGUCGACUGAUUUAGAAUUAAAACGCCCGACAUGAAAAGGUUGAGAUUAAAAGUUUUCCUUUGGAGCGUCCUGUUAAUCAGCGUUUUCUUAAAGAAUGUGGAACCAUCUUCCGUAACUAAGAGAGCUGCAGCAAAAGCAACUAAAGCUACUGUAAAACCACAAGUAUCUGCAACAUCUACGACAGUAGCUUCAGCUCGUUCGACAACCUCGAAAUCAAAUUCUCGAAAUACUCCACGACCCAAGAAUUCAAAGAGAACUACAACGAAUGCACCGUCUUCAACAACUCCGGUAAUCGAUACAGCAACAAAACAGAAUGCAAACAGGACCUCUACCACCCAAAAGAGGAAACAAAGUAAUAGACAACCGACUACAACAACAACUCUCUCUCCUCUAGAAAUCAUGAACAGACUUUAUCAAAUGCAUGGCUUGGCAUCACAUGGAAUAGCCCCCAGUCAUGCAGCAAACACACCAUCCACGGCAACGAAGAAGAAAGAUCAAGGAUCGUCGAUGGAUGACAUAUACCGUCUCCAUGCGAUGGCAAUAGCUCAAAAUACUCAUACCCAGAAAAAAGGACCUAGUAGCUCAGAAAGUAGCUCCUCGGCUAAAAAACCUGAAUCCUCGAACACCAAACAAAAUUCUCAUACUAAUUAUAAUUCCAUGGAACAAAUUUAUCAGCAGCAUUCGUCUUUACCAUCUUCAAUGCACCAUAUAAUGGCUCAACACUCAGUUUCAUCGUCGCAUAAUAGCGGCAGCAGUUCUAAACCACUCAAAACAUCAAGUUCGUCUUCAAGUGUCCAAGAAACAUCUGGAUCGUCUUUGUCAACUUUGAUGCAACCACUCUUGAAACAAUUAACACCUGUAGGGGCUGGAAUAGGCGUCGUGUUGGCCCCUUUGCUGCUUUUCAAUGGAUUCUUACAGUUUUUCAGCAACAUGAGCAGAUUCUUGAACAAUUUCGCCCAGACAAUUUUACCUGUUCGACGACCCUUGGAUAAUAACCCUCAAAAUCAAAACGCUUACUUUCAAAAUUUAGGCCCAGCUCAUUUGAAGAGACAGCCUAGAGAUUGGUACUUGAAUCCACAGAACAUGGCAAAAAUUCAGGAACUAACAGAACUGUUCUUCAGGGCUUUAAAGGAAUCCGAAGUUCAAUAAAUUAUUUAAUUUUACUGUCCAGUUUUCAUAAAAAUGGAUGGUAGUGCCAUUUUGGUGUUUCACGAUGUUGUGUCGAGAAACAAGACAUGAAACCUCAGAUACUGUCAGAUGGUGUUCAUCACUUUUGAGCAAAACGUGAAAUAUCAUUCUAUAUUUAUUUAUGAAUCUAAUAUUAUGUUAUUCAUUACAUUAUUUAUUACUAAUUUUUUGUUUUAAAAAUAAAAUAUUUGUAAAAUAUACUCCAUCCCUUUU